CUCAACUGGGCCCGUAGAGGGGUGCUCAGUGCUGCCUCAGGACUGGCCUACUCAGUGCUGCUUCGGGACGGGCUUGGGUUCUUUUAAGCCACCUUCAUAAGAGGCACAAAGCCCACAUUGGAUCCACCAUGAGAUCAGAGCCCACCAGGGCAGCAGGGAACACCACGCUGGGGGUCCUCUCCCCUGAGACCUGCCACACAUCCUAUGAGGAGAGCAGAGUGGUCCUGGUGGUGGUGUACAGUGCCGUGUGCAUGCUGGGCCUACCGGCCAACUGCCUGACGGCGUGGCUGACGCUGCUGCAGGUGCUGCAGAGGAACGUGGUGGCCGUCUACCUGUUCUGCCUGUCCCUCUGCGAGCUGCUCUACAUUAGCACCCUGCCACUUUGGAUCAUCUAUAUCCAGAACAAGCACAGCUGGAACCUGGGCCCACAGGCCUGCAAAGUGACCGCUUACAUCUUCUUCUGCAACAUCUACAUCAGCAUCCUUUUGCUGUGCUGCAUUUCCUGCGACCGCUACAUGGCGGUGGUCUACGCACUGGAGAGCCGAGGCCACCGCCAGCAGAAGACUGCCUUCUUCAUCUCUGCGUGUGUGUUUGUUCUUGUUGGGCUCGUUAACUAUCCUGUGUUCGACAUCACGUUGGAGAAGAACUCCUGCUUCGAGCCCCAGAGGAUGAGCAGCAGGAUAGCCAGCUACCACUAUGUGCGUUUCACCUUCGGCUUUGUCAUCCCUCUUGGGAUGAUCACGUUCACCAACCACCAGAUUUUCAGGAGCAUCAAGCUGAGCACGAGCCUGAGCGCAGGCCAGAAAGCGAGGGUGAAGCACUCCACCAUCGCGGUCGUCACCAUCUUCCUGGUCUGCUUCGCCCCCUACCACCUGGUGCUUCUCAUCAAAGCUGCCGGCUUUUCCUACUACCAAGGAGAUGGGGCUGCCGUGUGUGACUUUGAAGGCAGACUGUACACAGUCUCUGUGAUAUUUCUGUGUCUGUCCACAGUUAACAGUGUGGCCGACCCCAUCAUCUAUGUGCUAGUUACAGACCAUUCUCGGCAAGAGGUGUCCAGGAUCCACACAGGGUGGAAAAAGUGGUCCACAAAGACAGAUGUUAUAGACUUAAAGGACUCCGAGGAGGCACACUCACCCACAGCAACCCCCUACACCUUCCCCAAGCCUGUGUAUCCUCCAGGGUCACAGCUGGAUGAGCUGGGCUUACAGUGCUCCCCAGAAAGACUGUCUGAGGAAUUCUGCUAAAUGCAUUAUACCUCAGCGGAGGAUGCUAAGCCUUGAAACCAGCACCAGCCACGUAUCUGUGGUCCUUUGAGCUACCAUCUAGGGUGUCCGCAGCACUGUAGAUUCCUUUCUGGAAGGCAUACGGCUGAUCUUUCUUCCUAAGGCCACUCCACUCUGUAAAUAUCUGUUCCUUGGAUGUCCAGAACCUCCAGGCUCUCCUGCAUGGGCAGUGUUCUGAGAGCAGCAAUCAUACCUGCAGGCUGCUGGGGACUCAGGGAGCACCAGGGACUCAGGGAACGCGUGGCUGGCAGGAGAGCUCGUCAUCAGCAGGGCUCCCGACAGCCAUCAGCAGGGUACUUGGCAGAGCCCUGGACAAUGACUUUAUUUUCUAUGAAUCUCCUGCAUUGUCCAGUAGCUACUGCGGUGUAUGUUGGCGCUUUCCACAGAGGGAAGACAUGGCCUGCAUCCAGGGUUACCAUCAUGGUAUCUAGAGCUGUGACACAGCCAAAGAGCCAUAGGGCAAUAGGAGUCCAACCCCGAGGGCUCCCAUUGGGAGAUGGUUCUACGUUGACACAAUUGUCUAUUAGAGGAGCCAUGGGGCAUGGUGGCCAUUUACUCUAGCUCCUGGUAGCCCCAUAUAUCCUCGCUUGGGACCCCUCUGCCAUCUACAUUAGAAGUGCUAGUGGGUACCCCAGAAAGAGAUUGGCAUAGCUGCUACCGGAUAAGGGGGUGUCUGGCAUCUGACAUGCCUUUCAUUACCUUGAGCUUUUGCCCUUGGUGCCACAGGGGGAGUGGGCUGGGGCUCCUGAAAAAGCAAGUCAGGGGCAAGGCUCUCUGCCCCAUUGGAUCGGAGACAGAAACCUCAGGGCUCUGGGUCAAAUCCCAGCUCCUCCAUAAAGAGCCUCGUCUCAGUUCAGUCAGACCCAUGCUUUUGUUGGUUACUCACUGCCGGACUAAGCCCCUCCCAGAGGAGACUCCUGACAUACACGGAGGGCAAGGGCUAGAGACUGUGAGCACAGCAGGCUUUGGGGUCAGCCCUCAUCUCGUGAGGUUCAGUUAGACCCAUGCUUUUGUUGGUUACCUCACCACGUUACUCGCUGCUGGACUGGGCCCCUCCCCGAGGAGAUUCCUGACAUACACGGAGGGCAAGGGCUAGAGACUGUGAGCGCAGCAGGCUUUGGGGCCAGCUCCUCUGAAGCCCACACGUUACAGAAGCUCCACAGAGACAGAUGAACGACAUCCGCGGUUACCUUUCGCUCUUCGCUGGAAGAAGUAUUGUCAAAACUUGAGAAUAAGAACACACAAAAAAAGAAGUUGAACCUAACUUCCUUUUUCUAUUUUUGAUUACCUUUUAUUGUUUUGAGACACGGUUCCUUGCAGCUCACUAAGGAACAGAAGAUGACCUAUUCUCUUGAUUCUCUUGUCACGCCCUCCCAAGGGGCUGGGAUCACAAGCACACAGCAGCAGCUUCUAACUUCCUCUUUAGUGGCUUUCUGUUUGUUUGCUUGUGUGUGUGUGUGUGUGUGUGUGUGGUGUGUGUGUGUACAUCUGCAACCUGUAUGGAGGUCAAAGGUUAACACUGAUAUCUUCCUGGAUUGCUUUCCACUAUUUAUUGAGGCAGAGUCUCAUGCUGACCCCAGAGCUCACUAGUUAGCUAGAUAAUUAGUUGGCUGUACUAGUUAGCCUGCUUGCUCCAGGAACCCCAUCUCUGCCCUGCAAGCAGAAAUGCGGUCCAGACAGGCCACCAUGCUUGCCCUCGCGCCUCAGCUUUUUGUUUUUGUUUAUGUUCCUGAGACAGGAUUUCUGUGUAGUCCCAGCUGUACUGGAACUCUCUCUGUAGACCAGGCUGCCCUCAGACUCACAGAGAUCCACCUUCUUCUGCCUCCCCAGUGCUGGAACAGCUUCUCUGUGGGUGCUGGGGUCCCAACUCUGGCCCUCAUCUGUGAAGCAAACAGUUUAUGAACUGUUCUCAGCCUCUCUGUUUCCUUUUUAAAACGUGGUAACAGCGAAUGGCAGGCAGGUGGAGCAGGCCCCGGGGACCUCACAGUUUGUAGUACCCCAGGCAAAGUGAAGCUGAACUGUCUCUUAUUCCCAUGGCCACCCAAAGCACAGCACAACUGAGGAUGGACGCCUGCUUUCUCUGACCCACUGAUCUGCCCUCUCUCUGGGCGCUCCAUCCUUCCUCCACAGGCUCCAGAUGCCCUUUCUAGCAGCUUCUUCCCGCCUUAGCCCCUCUCCUCUCUUCAGGCUUAAGGCUCUGACAUCACCUCUGGGCCAUCCUCUCCAGCACCCCAGAGAAACGGUAUCAUUGGAAUCCUCCACGGAUCAUGUGGGCUGGCCUGAGCAGUCUGAGGGAAAGGCAGGUGACCAGAGCCCCUGGCAAUUCCCGAGUGGGGCUUCUACCUGUUUGGCUCCUCCUUCUCAUCAUGACCCUGAAGUCAGGAAAAAUACUGAGGGGUAGGGAGGGGCUAAACUAAGAAAAUAAAAAUGGAGUUUGUUUUACUUUUAACAAAAGCACAUGUUCUUGAAUAACUAGGAGGAUAAAAGAUUCCAGAAAAUGUUCCCACUGGAGACACCCUGGCUACCGGCUAUGUGGGUGAUUGCCUAUAUCAUCCACCUUAGGGAUUUCCCAGUAGACCCAUGGCAACCUCUUCGACCAGGCUGGGAAUCCCCACUUUUGUAUGAGCGAGCACGUGCGUGUGAGUAACUGAACACAGACAUUUUAUCUUUUACCACUAAGAUAAAUCCCCAACUGGGAAUCCCCACUUUUCAGGGAAGCAACUGAAGUUGACAGCGAGGGAGGCUGGAGGCAGACAGUGGAUGGGGCCAAGAGAACAACCAUGAGGAACCUGGAGUGGGUGUGUCUCUGAAGCUUCCUGUGGGUGAUGCCCCUGCACAGACCAACGGGCUUGGGCCCCCUCAGCUUGGAGACAAAAGCUAGCAGGAAGGGUGGUGCUUACCCAAAGGGGCAGUAACCAGUACAACCUUCUACCUUUCAUGAACCUGGUCCUUACAAGAAUACACCAGGCUGCAAGCCAAGUGCCUGUUGCAUGCUAAACUGUGGAGUACCUGGCUUUACCUUCUCAACAGUCGGGACGGCACCAAAGUCCUGGCCCUGCUGGCGUGUGCAGUGGACAGCUGAAGAGGUGGUGGGAGGGGCUGGUGGGGAGUACGAGCUCAACCCAACCCCUUAACCUUUGACUAUUGCUCUUUCCAAAGGUCAAGUCAGGGCUUUGUUGUCACUGACCACAAACUUUUCAAACAUCAUCUUGUCGCGGAAACUUCCUGAGUUAGCUUGGGGCUAAUAAGAACCUAGUGAGUGUGUCAGAUACUCACUUCUUCCAUCCUUCCAGCCAUAUCCAUUGUGCACACAAUCGCUUGCUCACUAUUCACACACAAACACACUCACUCACUGAUUCAUCACUCCUCCCCUCCUCCCCGUCUCACACACCAACUCUCUCUCCAUUCCUCCCUUUCCUGCUCACUCUUUCCCUGGUUCAACUCCCCUCGAUCUCCUGCACACCUCUCCUCUCCCUUCUCCCCUUUCCUCCUUCCUCUUUGGUCUAUGUACUCCACAAAGAUCCCAGCAGUCCAGUAGUGAGGGAGGUGGGCCGUGGUGACGUUCAUCACAGAGAAGAGAUGGACAAUGGGGAGUGUCUUAGGGUUGCUGAAGUAAAACACCAUGGCCGAAAGUAACUUGGGGAGGAAAGGGUUUGUUUCAGCUUACAUGUCCUGAUCACAGUCUAUCAUGAAGGGAAGUCAGGGCAGGAACCUAUAGGUAGAACCUGAAGCAGAGGCCGUGGAGACAAGCUGCUUACUGUCUUCCUCUUAUUCUCCCAUGUUCGCUCUUCCUUCCUUCCUUCCUUCCUUCCUUCCUUCCUUCCUUCCUUCCUUCCUUCCUUCCUUCUUUCCUCUCUUUCUUCCUCCAUCCAUCCAUCCAUCCAUCCAUCCAUCCAUCCAACUAUGUAUCUAUGUAUCUAUCUAUUGGUUUUUCCAGACAGGGUUUUUUUGUAUGUAGCCUUGAUUGUCCUGAAACUUGCUUUGUAAACCAGGCUGGCCUUGAACUCAGAGACCUUCCUGCCUCUACCUCCCAAGAUCUGAGAUUAAAGGCAUACGACAUGAUGUCUGGAAACUCCUGAGGGUCAGCACACAGAAGAUGCAGUCCACAGGGGGCCAAGGCCGCACCUUGUGCUGGCAACAGAAUUUGGUGAUGUGUAAGCCUCCCACUUACUGGUUUUGAGGACAUGAAGAGGUCAUGGAGCAGCUGAGGCUUGGUACUGUCAGGUCUAGAGUCCCCAAAGAGAGGCCUGGACAGGCUAUUGGUGAAGAUGUGGGCCAGGUGCCGAAGAAACCCCAUUUUGGAGAUGCCAGCACUAUGGGAUGACCUCCGAGGGCAGCAGCAGAUGUGGACUGGAGCUGACCUGAGCCUAGGAGGUUUGUGUCCUGUGGCAAACCUAGAAUACUGUGAGUCUCAGAAGCCUGACACAGAUCUUUAUGCUGUUGGACUUUUGUUUUGUUUUGAAUAUAAUUGUGUCCUGUUUUCCUUCUUUGAGUAAGAGAGUGUUUAACUGCUUCAUCAUCACCAUGAUCUUCUUCCUAUCAUCAUCACCAUCAUCAUCGCAACCAUUACCACCACCAUCAUCAUCAUCACCACCACCACCAUCAUCAUCACCACCACCACCAUCAUCAUCAUCACCAUCAACACCACCAUCAUCAUCAUCACCAUCAACACCAUCACCAUCAACACCAUCAUCAUCAUCAUCACCAUCAUCACCACUAUCACCAUCAUCACCAUCAUCAUCAUCACUAUCAUCACCAUCAUUAUCACAACCAUCACCAUCAUCAUCACCAUCAUCCUAUUGAAACAGGGUUUCUCUGUGUAGUUCUGGCUAUCCUGGAAGUUACUAUGUAGACCAGGCUGACCUAGAACUCAGUCCCUGCCUCCAGAGUGGAGGGAUUAAAGGCAUGAUCUACCGUGCCCUCCUAUUUAACUUAUUUUUAUUUUACAGGAGCCCACAGUUUAGAGAUUUUGAAGUUUUAAGGAGACUUCAGAAUUUUACAGAGACUUUGGAGUUUUAGAGAGUUUGUAGAUAUUUUAGAGAGCUUAAACUUCGAGAGGGAUUUUGGCUGUUUUAGAGAGACUGACCUGUUAAAGACACCGAUGUUAACAUGCCAUCCUGGGGACAAACGAGAAAGGAAAGGUUCUAGUUGAAUAAUGACGUGUCUGUGUACCAAAUUACAAUUGUGCUGGUUAGCUCUGUGCCAACUGAAUACAAACUAGAACCAUUUUGGAAGAUGGAACCUCAACUGAGAAAAUUCCCUCACAAUAUUUGCCUAUGGAUAAGUCUGGGGUGCAUUUUCUCGACUGUUGAUUGAUGUGGGGCAGCCCAGUUUACCGUAGGCAGUGCCACCCCUGGGCUGGUGGUCCUGGGUGUUAUUGAGAAAGUAGGUUGAGCAAACCAUGAAGAACAAGCCAGUAGGCAUGCUUCGUGGUCUUCGCGACAGCUCCUGACUCCAGGU